CCACCGGACCACCCGACUAUGUACUAGGCAACUGCAGGGAUAAAUUUAGACCUCUUGUACUUAAAACGCCCAAAAUACCAAUAAGUCCUUUUGGUCCGGUGGAGGCUUCAGCUCAGCAUCCGUGGGUGUUGUUGAGACGUACAUUACCGACGAUUUCUCAAGGCAUCGUGCAUAACUUUCUACCAGCGCUAUCUUUAAGUUUACAACUUAAUCAGCACUUUUAAUGGUCAAUUAACGCAGCCGUAUCCUCCAAAACAUCCAUCACACCUAUCUGAGUGGCACUGUAUCUCGGAGAUAAAACGUUUAAGGGUGGAAUAAAUCAAAACACCUUCCGAGCUACCACGGCACUCAUUAAUAUAUGCCAUUUAAAAAAGGUCUGCCACUCUUAAUGGUGGAAUGGAAUGGAGGUUGGGACGACGGCUUUUCAAAUCACAAAUUGAAACGUUACCCAAAAGCUGCUUUAGCUGCGGCUACAGACUGUCCUUGGCUGAAGCCUGGAGUUGGAAGCUGAAGUUUAUUAUUCGAUAGCACUAAUCUAUCGUUGGUUGGCUGGAGAGGAAUACUGUAGGGCCUGCCAUCAAAAGAGCUCGUGUUUACAGUAGAUCGAUAUUAUCGCGGACCUAAAACGAUACAGAAGAAGGUACCUCCAGUGACACAGAGAAGGUGUUUGAUUACACUGAAUAAAUAAUCUUUUCUUUGAACUGGGAGUAAAAGUCCAGCCAUCGAUUUUCCAUUAACCUUCAAGAGGGAGCUACUGCCUGGGGCAAGUCCUCCGGCAAGAAAAUGCACCCCAAGAUACACGAAAACAGUUGCUUGCAAUACGUCAGCGUAGUCGGAACAAGGCAUCAGCCCAGAACCACUGUCCACCUGUCGUGCCCGACGCCAUGAGUCUCUUCUUCAACGCGGAAACGAUGCGCUUCGAGGGUACGAUGCACGAACCGAAGCGAAAUCGUAACGUGUUCCUGGACGUGAAACCCGUCCCGGACGAUGCGGCAAUCGUCAACCCGUCCGGCGGACAGGCUCGACGGAAUGCGACCCUGUUUAACAAUCGGGUUGGCUUUCCACCGGUUACGCCGAAGGAAGCUUUCGUGACUACGGGCACCACCAGCCAAAUGUCUCCCCCACAGGACAUGGUGUACGAGAGCUCGAAACCGAUCUAUCUGGUGCUGCGCGCCAUCGGCGUGUUCCCGUACACGCGGCUGGCGUCGGGCGAGACCGCCUUCAUCCUGGCCUCGCCCGCCAUGGUGUACUGUGUGAUGUUUUUCCUGCUGCUCACCGUGUACAUCGCCUUCAUCCUGCUCAAUCGUAUCGAGAUCGUGCGGACGCUCGAGGGCCGCUUCGAGGAGUCCGUCAUUGCGUACCUGUUUAUCGUGAACAUCCUGCCGCUGCUGAUCAUACCGCUGAUGUGGUACGAGUCGCGCAAGGUGGUUUCGGUGGUGAAUGGGUGGGUCGACUUCGAGACGGUCUACCGGAAGACGUCCGGUCGUGCGCUGGAGCUGAAGCUGCGCACCAAGGCGCAGGUGGUGGCCAUCUUGUUGCCGAUCCUUUGCUCGCUUUCGGUCGCCAUCACCCACGUGACGAUGGUGGACUUUAAGCUGCUGCAGGUCAUUCCGUACUGUGUGCUCGAUACGAUCACGUACAUGAUGGGAGGGUACUGGUAUCUGGCGUGCGAAACGCUCAGCAUCACGGCGAAGAUCCUGGCGGAAGACUUUCAACGAGCGCUCCGCCACGUGGGCCCGGCUGCCAAGGUGUCCGAGUAUCGGUCGUUGUGGUUGCGGCUGAGCAAGCUGGCCCGUGAUACGGGAUUUUCCACCUGCUACACCUUUACCUUCAUCUGUCUGUAUCUGUUCUUCAUCAUAACGCUCUCGAUCUACGGGCUGAUGUCGCAGAUUUCGGACGGAUUUGGGGUGAAGGACAUUGGGCUGGCGGUGACCGCGUUCUGUAGCGUGGGGCUGCUGUUCUACAUCUGCGACGAGGCACACUACGCAUCGUUCAAUGUGCGCACCAACUUCCAGAAGAAGCUGCUCAUGGUGGAGCUGAGCUGGAUGAACACGGACGCACAGACGGAGAUUAACAUGUUUCUUCGGGCGACCGAGAUGAACCCGUCCAGCAUUAAUCUUGGCGGAUUCUUCGACGUCAAUCGUACCCUGUUCAAAUCGCUGCUCGCAACGAUGGUGACGUACCUGGUGGUGUUGCUGCAGUUCCAGAUCAGCAUUCCGGAUGAGCCGAGCGCAAUGUUGAUGCAUAGCAAUACGUCACACUCUUAGGAUGCGCAGGAGGGUUUUGCGAAACUUGUUGGGAUAAUGUCAUUUGACAGGAAGUGUUUCUUGAAUAAAUUCGAGCUUUCAAUGUGGA